AUGGCCACCAUAACCUACAAGGACCUGUUGGCCUAUUUCCGUGUGCAGUACAGACAGAACCUCCUGUCCUUGCUCAGGAAACUUGGACUGACAGAGGAGGACUCAGUGUCUCAAUUUAUUUACCUUCAGAAGAAGAAGAAAGAAACCCAACUGAUGCGAAAGGCUCUGGAGGCAAAGGAAGAGGACUUCAGGGAGAGGAUGAAAGUCAUAACCUACCGGUGGAGGGACCUCCAUGCCAAGGAGGCUCAGCUGAAAACCCACAUGGAGAAAUUCGGGAUGAUUUUAAAGGAAAAUGAUAAGAUGCGAAUCCAAGCUCUGAAGAAAGCCAGCAAAGAGAGAGAAGGGAAGAUGCAAAAGGAGAGUGAGCUUUUGAGAGCUAAGAGAGAACUGGAAGCCCUGAGAAAUAAGCACCAAAAACUCUGCAACAGAGUGCAGAAGUACUCCAUCUUCAUCAAGUAUCUGGAGGAUGUGGUGAAGAUCUCACAGUUUGAGGAGAUCCAGGAAGUCAUUUGGCGCUACAAGACACUGGUGAGGAUGCACAAGGACCUGCUGCAGUCACAACAGGGACACAAGGAAAUGUCUGAGCAAGCCAAGGUGCUCCUGGACCAGUACAAGGCAGAGAAAGAAGCUGAGAUCCUGCAGUAUGAAAAUGAGCUGGUGCAGCUGCAACUACGUUUUGACCAGGCUCAAAGUGACAUCCACCUCUGGGAGACUCGCUGGGCUGACAUCCAGGACAUGACCGCCAAGAAAAACUUGGAGCUGCAGACCAUCAAGAUGGCCAUCCUCAGCCUCUCCCAGUCUGUGCACACACAGCUGAAAGUAAACCUGAAAGUGCCGGAGGAUGACAGCCACAGACAGCUGAACAUGAUACAGAAGUUUAUCCAAGACUACACAGACAUCUCUAUGGAGGUGAAACGGAUGGACAAGCAGAAGCGCCAGCGAGCACCUGUACCUACAGCGCUAUAA